CUCUCGAUUUGCUAGGAAAAGUACUGGGGAGCGAGCGGGGAAGAACCGAAUCUUGCAACGGCAGCUGGCGCGCCUUUAUUCAUUCAGCGCGGGUAUAUAUGAACGGACAUCAGCUGAUUUAGCAUUCAGUGUUUUUGACGAGUAGACCUAGUCAUCUGCAAGGAGACCUAGUGAACGACUGUGUGAUCAUCACAAUUCCAACACUUUACAAUUAAUUCUUUGUGAUCAAGUAAAUCAGAAAUCAUCAAUCAUGAGCAGAGUUUGUAAUUUCGCUGCUGGACCAGCAAAACUACCCGAUCAGAUCUUAAUGAAAGCACAAAAGGAGUUUAUGAACUACCAAGGUCUUGGAUAUGGAGUCAUGGAAAUGAGUCACAGGUCACCUGAAUUUACAGCAAUCUUGACCAAUGCACAGCAAAAUCUCAGGGAACUCAUGAAAGUUCCUGACAACUACAAGAUCCUUUUCCUGCAGGGUGGCGGCACCGGCCAAUUUAGCGCCGUACCGCUGAACCUUCUGAAGAGGAAGAAGGCCGAUUACAUCCCAACAGGGAUGUGGUCUGUCAAGGCGGCCAAGGAAGGGCUCAAAUACGGAACAACGAGGGAGGUGUUCACCAAGGGAAGCAAAUAUACCUCAAUCCCCCAUCCUGAUACAUGGACCAUGGACCCAGAGGCUGAAUAUGUCUUCUACUGUGCUAACGAGACAAUCAAUGGUGUUGAAUUUCAGUACGUACCAGAGACGAAUGGCAUCCCACUGGUUUGUGACAUGUCUUCGAAUUUCCUCUCCAGGCCGGUUGAUGUUUCCAAGUUUGGCCUGAUCUUUGCUGGUGCUCAGAAGAACAUUGGUUGUGCUGGAGUAACGGUUGUGAUUGUUCGGGAUGAUCUGAUCGGUCAUGCUUUAACAGAGUGUCCCAUCAUCUUUGAUUACAAGCAGCAGGCUGCAAGCAACUCUGUCUACAACACACCACCAUGUUACAGUAUAUACAUCAUGGGUCUCGUAUUUGACUGGAUCAAGGAGAACGGUGGUGUGGAUCAGAUGGAAGAAUGGAGUAUAGCUAAGUCUAAUCUUAUCUUUGACAUGAUUGACAACUCCAAUAACUUCUUCAGCUGCCCCAUUGACAAGGAUGCCCGUAGCAGGAUGAAUAUUCCCUUCAGGAUAGGGGGAGCUGCAGGCAAUGAGGAGCUUGAGAAGGAGUUUGUCGCCGAGGCAUUGUCACGUGGAAUGGCUGCCCUCAAAGGACACAGGACAGUCGGUGGUCUGCGUGCCUCAUUGUACAACGCUACAACCGUUGAGGAGACGAGAAAACUGGCCUGCUUCAUGAAGGAGUUCCAAGAUAGGCAUGAGGGGAAUGUCAAAGUGAGUGCUACAAUCACCCAGAAAUCAGUUCACUCCAGCCAGCUGACCAAUGGGUCCUCGAAAGCCACUUGCAACGGACUUGCCAAUGGUCACACCAACGGCCACACCAACGGCCACACCAAUGGUGUUGCAAGGACUUAGAAAAAAGAAAGACAGUGCAAUUUGAGUGGGAGAAAUUACUGGUGCCACUACUGUUCCAAGAGAGAGUCUAUUGUCUUGGAUUUCAUGGUCUUCAAUGACAUAUUAACCGAGAGGCCGCUCCUCUUUGCGAUACCUACCAUACAUUGCUGGUGAGAAGAUGCUACACAAAGCUAGACCAAGAGUUCAACAUUCUUCUGAGAGCAGUCAAUAUUCUUCUGGGAGCAGUCAACAUUCUUCUGGGAGCAGUCAAUAUUCUUGUCAUGAAAUGUGCCAUUUUACAUUGUAGACCUAGGUACUAAAUGUUCACAUUCAAAAAUGCCUUGCCUGUUUCCAAGAAGAAUAACAAAGAAGGAAAAACAACAUUCUCAUCACAAACCAAUUUGAGCUCAUCUGAGAGUCCAGAAGUGUUCAUAUUUCAGAUAUCGGUCAGGAACCUUUUUGAAGUACUUGUGUAUUUAUUUGACAACUAUCUCAAAAUUCACUUUGUUAUUGUGGGAAAACAAGAAAUUCCUUUUGUUGGCAUCUGUGAUUAUAAUAUGUUGUAAACAUGCCAUGUCAUGUGGUGACAAGCAAGAAGGUUAUAGGUUGCCAAUUAAAGCGAAACUUGUUUUGUGAAUUCAUCUGCAGUAGACAAAGAACACAUUUACGUUGAUCAUUAAAUCAAAUCAAUGGUUUAGUAAUGAAUGCUCUUGUAGUGGCUUCCAAUGUGCCAAGUUUUGGGGCUAUGCGGUGAUUUUGUGAACUCUUGUAAUUAUUAGAUCUAUGUCAAUUUUCCAGCUUGCGACAUACAAAGAUUUAUUGAUAUAUGUUAUUUAGUUAUGCUGUUGUGUGUGAAGUAUCAUUUAAAACUUUCUUAAAGUUUGUUUUCCGAUUCAUUCUUCUUAUUGGAAUACAGGGUGAAAGUGUUUAAUAGAACUUAAUUUUCAUUUGAAUUUAUAGGCUACUUACAUGCAGUUGACUGUAAGGAUAUGUUGCUAUGAAGGUAGAGAUCUUUUAUCUCUUUCUGGCAAUGUUUUGGGCUAAAAUUUAAUUGAUUUUUCAGUAAGCAGCUAUGUUAUUUUGGUUACUAAUUUUAGCUUUUGCUUAUUUAUUUCUCUUUCUCUCUUCCCUUUCCAUCUCUCAUGUUUCUUUCUUUCUAUUCUUGCUACUGUGCAAAUGCAGAAAACUUUGAGACAAAAAGACUUUGCAAAAUGUAUGAUUAGUGUGUGCAUCUGAUAUUCUAAAUGCCUAAUAUCUUUGUAUUGUUAUUGUCGUGUAUUUUAUGAUUAUAGUUUUGAAUUUUUUUGAAAAAGAACACUGUUAUAUUGUUACUUCCAAAUUGUUAAUUAUUAACAUUGGAGUUUCAAUUGCGUCGUUGCAAGCUUUUAAAAGUAAUAUAUAUUUUUAAUGACACUUCUAUGUAAGGUGGGAUGCAGGAUUGCAGGUCCAUAUAUCUAUGCUCCACUUUCAAUUGACAGAAAUCUAGACGAACUAAGAUGAUUCUACCCGAAAUCUUCAUGUUCUAUUUUAGAUGUUGCAAGUAC